AUGAAUCGUAAAAAUGCUGAAUUAAUUGCUGUACAAAAAGCUGCUGAAUUGAAACAUUGUGAACUUCGUCAAGCAAUAGAUAAACUAGAAAACCAAUUAUCUGAUACAGUCAACAAUGCUGAUCAAAUUAAACGUAGCUCUGAAGAGAAAAUGAAUCAAUUACAGUCAGUAAUGAAUAAACAAUUUGAAAAUCUAUUGAAACAAUCUAAUGAACAACGUGAAUUUCUUAUACAAGAACAUGAGAAAACAUUGAAAGAUUUACAAAAUAAAAUGAAUCUACUUUUAAAGAACUGGAAAUAA